AUGACGACGACGCGGAGCUCCAGGGGCGCGCGCAUGACAGCGCAGGACGCGGCCGUGGGCGCGGUGGGGUGCGGUUACGACCUGACGGGGGACCUCCGCCUGCGCCGCGCCAAGCCUGGUGGCCGGCUCGUGGACCUCGACGCCGCCGGCACCGGGACAUCCCCGAGGGACCUGGCCUUCCCCGGCGGUGCCGUCGUGGCGGGCGUGCCGGGCGGGGUCGUCGCGGACAAGGGCGAGCGCGCGCGGUUCCGCUCCGACGUGCUCCCCUUCGCGCAGAUGGCAGAGCAGCAAGAUCCCCUCGGGCGCCUUCAACGCAUGUUCGACUACCGCGGGUGCUGGCACCGCGACGCCGCCGCCACGCGCAGCCUCUGCUUCGACGCCCGCCUCGUCGAGCUCUACAGAGUCGAGGCCGUGCGCGCGCACCUCGUCCUCCGGGAGGACGUCAAGCGGGACCUCCCGCCCUUCUGGGAUCCCGCCGCGCUCGCCGAGUUCAUCGACAAGUACGGGACCCACGUCAUCGUCGGGGUGAAGAUGGGAGGGAAGGACGUGGUGUGCGUGAAGCAGCUCAAGGGCUCCGACCUCACGCAGAGCGACGUGCAGGCCCGGCUGAAGAAGCUCGCCGACGACAGGCUCUCGUCCUCGUCACAGGAGGAUUCCGCGGCAGGUUCCGGUUCCGGUUCCGCCGCGGGAGACGGCAGGCUGUCGCAGGGGCUAAACGACAUCGUGUGCAUUCACAUCAGGAGGGGCGGCGUCGACAGCGGGCAGUGCCACAGCAAGUGGCUCUCCACCAUCACCGGCUUCCCGGACGUGAUCUCCAUGUCGUUCGUGCCCAUAACGAGCCUGCUGACCGGCGUCCGGGGCAGCGGCUUCCUCAACCACGCGGUGAACCUCUACCUCAGAUACAAACCGCCCAUAGAAGAGCUCCAGCAAUUUCUCGAGUUCCAGGUGCCUCGCCACUGGGCUCCAGAGUUCGGUGAGCUCCCGCUCUGCCUCCAGCGGAGGAAGAACAGCCUGCCGUCUCUCCAGUUCACCCUCAUGGGCCCUAAACUUCACGUCAACACUGCCAAGGUCGAUUCCAGCAACCGCCCGGUGACCGGCAUCCGGCUGUUCCUGGAAGGCAAGAAGAACGACCGGCUGGGCGUCCACCUGCAGCACCUGUCGGCGACGCCCGGCGCGGUCACGGUGCUCGGCGAGGCCGCGUCGGCGGAGGACGUGGCCGUGAACGAGCGCGACUACAUCGAGCCCGUCCGGUCGCCGCUGCUCUCGCACAUCUGCACGGCGCCCGUGCAGUACAACGGCGCGCGGAUCGACGACUGCGCCGCCAUCGUCACCAGCGCGUGGCUCGAGGUGCGCGACGUCUGCUGCCUCAAGAAGGUGCUCUUCCUGCGCCUCGGCUUCUCCGGCGUCGCGGCCAUGAAGAUACGCCGCUCCGAGUGGAACGGGCCUUUCGUCGUGCCGCGAAAGUCCGGGUCGCUGUCGGCGCGGCUCAGCACCGCGCUGUCCGGUGGCCUGGCGCCGGUGCCGGUGCCGCCAGCGGAGGAGGAGGUGGAGGUGAACUCCGCCAUAUUCCCCAAGGGCCCGCCGGUGUCGCUCCCGGUUCAGAAGAUGGCCAGGCACAUUGACACCACCGAGGUGAGCAGGGGCCCCGACGACCUGCCGGGCUACUGGGUGGUCACCGGCGCCAAGCUGUGCAUGGAGGGCGGCAAGGUUGCGCUCAAGGUCAAGUACUCGUUGCUCAUCGCAGUGCAAGAGGACACUGACGGACACUGA